AUGUGCCAAAUCAAAUGGAAAAACCCACGCGAAAAUGAUAAGGACUACCAGUCGGGCAACGUACAUUAUUCUCCCUCAGUACUGUCAAGUGAGGAUAAACUUCCUCAGAGACUAGUACAAAAAUACACUCUUCUGAAAAUAAUCAACCGCUUUGGUUCCAAUAAGGCAUUGCAGUGUUGCUGGAAAUAUAGUGGUGAAACCGAUAGUAGAACAGUUCGAAAUAGAGUAAAACGUGGUGUUCGUCAACGAAACGGCAAUAACUUACAGAGACAAGUCUAUUCGCAUGCGCAGCGGUUAUUUCCAAGAGAUUCCGACGACACCUUAGCAGCUGCUGGUGACCAAACGACGGACAGUGAGGCACUGCUCGACGAUGAAGUACAGUCGAGUCAUCUCAACCACUCAGAUUCAAACUACAAACUUCCAGAAACUUCCACGCACGAGAUUCCUUCAGACGUGCAGGAAAGCACGUAUACUUCGGAAAACAUUCUGUCAGAUGGGUUGGAAGUCGUUACAGCUCCGAACAUUGUUGCGACAGAAAAUGAGCCUGAAGACGAAAAACGUACGGAAUAUCCUCAUGCUGAUGCUGCCGACCCCAUAGAUCAUGUUACAACCUCGCACCAGGAGACAGACCAUUCACUGGUGCAGUCACAAAUGCACGUUGUAAACAUAGAGAAUGAGCCCGAAGACGAAAAUAAUACGGAAUCUCCUCAUGCUGAUCCUGCCGACCACACAGAACAUGUUUCCACAUCGAACUUCGAGACGGAUCAUUCACAGAUGCAGUUACAACUACCCGCAGAAUUUGAAUCAGCUUCCGAGACAACCCCUACACCGCAAGAUGGAAGUACUACAGUGCUAGCAGAGGUUAUCACUUCGACAGUCUCACAUACGGAUGAGGUCACGUGGUGGCCACCUCUGGUGAGCGUUACACCGGAGAACAACACCGGCGACACCGCCUGCCACUGCGAAGAGCCGCCUUCGGACCCUCUGGUUGCCGCUGUGCUGCUGCUGUUGGGUCACGUAGCUCCUCUGCUGUGGUCGGUGGCCGGUCGCUGCGGGUGCGGGCGCUGGCCGCUGUCGGCUGCGACGCUGGAGCUGCUGCUGUGGCUGCCCGGCCUGUUGGGGGCGGCGUCGCGGGCGGCCGGCGUGCAGACGCCGGUGCGGGGGCCCGCGUGCCGCGCCGCCACCGCCGCCGGCCUCUGCGGGGCGCUGCUGCGGGUCUUCCAGGCCGUGCUGUCUGCGGCGCGCGCGCCCUCCUCUGUCCGGCAGGGUCCCCGCUGCGCGGACUCCGACUCCAGCACGUCUGGGACGCGCAAGACUGGCUGGGUGUCCGCCGAGGAGGCGGGCCCCAGUAGCGGCGUAGAGCUGCCAGCCAAUCCGGACGCUCGGGACCGUGGAGGCGCCGCCAAUGAAACGGCAAUUCAGGAAGACAGUCACGGCGGAGAAGGUUCGAAGAGUGAGCACAGUGGCCGAGCAGCCGACAGUGGCACUCAGGGGGCCAAAUUGUCGCCGGAACUCGAGGCUGUGUUUGUUGUUGGGAACACUGAGCCCUGUACAGGAGGGUCCAAGUCGGAAACACCUCUCGAGUGUCCGGCAGAGAAAAGUGAACGAAAAUCAUCCCUUAAUAAUAUUCCAAAGUUCUUACAAGUCAUAAACUGCAUUACAAAAAAGUGA